AUGGAAUUGUUAAAUGCGGAAUAUGAUGCCAAAACAAUGAUAAAGAAUAUGUAUUUUAAUAAAAAAGAUGUCAAAAAUCCAAAGGAAUUCUUCCAAACACUUUUUAAUAAAUGGAUAAAUUUAACAAAAAAUAACAAUUUUGGAUUAUUAAUGGCCAGUCCAUACAAUAAAAUAGGAGGACAUAUACAAACAAUUGUUGUUGCUGUCGGGACAGGAAAAGGAGAGGAAGAAGAAAAAAUAAAAGCUAAACAAAUAUUUAAGGGAGGGCCAAAUACAUUUUGUAGACCUCCAUUUGUGUAUAAUUGCUCGGAUAAUUCGCUUUUCUGUUAUCUUUGCAAGAAAAGCAGGAUAAUAGAAAAUCUCGAACGUUUAUAUUCGUCUGAGGAAGACAUCCGUUUUAACAUCGAAUCAACAAAUUUUGACAUAACAUUGGUACAUAAACUGGAAACUCGAAUAGUUCCAAAUGAUUCUAACUGGAUUAAACUUACAAAAGAAGAAAAUAGCAAAGAUAGCUUUCAAAAUUAUAAGCUUGCUCAAUUUAAAACUUUUGCAUAUUUGGAGAAUCUAAUUAAAAACAGAGACGAAAAAGAGCAAGAAAUAUUCAAUCAAGCAUUUAUUUAUUUAAAAAGAUGGGCAGAAGGUUUACCUUUGUAAUUGUUUAUUUUAUUUUAGGCUAUUUUAUUCGUGGCGCGACACAUGAGGAUUUGACUUUUAAAGAUCCGACAUUUGAGGACCGACUUUUGAGGACACGACCUU